GUGAACAUCUUUCGACAGAUACUGUUGUCUUUUAUUUUGAAGGGUACGCCCGGAAGCGUUCGCGGCUGUGAGUGUGACGGAUGAGCUUCUCCGGUGCAUCCACACCACCGGUGACUCGUCACUCCGCGCUGGAAGAUGGCUGCGGUGCAGCGGACCCCGGUCAGGGAAGGGAUCCGGAUAGUUUCGCUGUGUGUGUGCUGGUACACGGUCAGCUCGGGGGGAAAUGUUGUCAACAAAAUCAUCCUCAAUGGAUUCCCGUACCCGGUCACGGUCUCUCUCUUUCAUAUCAUCUCUAUCGUCGUCUUCCUCCCCCCGCUGUUGCGGGCUUGGGGAGUCCCCAAAACAGAACUGCCGAGCAGGUACUACUGGUGGUACAUCCUGCCUUUAGCUUUCGGAAAAUAUUUUGCCUCCGUGUCGGCUCACUUCAGCAUAUGGAAAGUGCCCGUGUCGUACGCGCAUACCGGUGAGUACAGCGGCUUUGUGUUCGUUUUAAUGCGCCGCCACCUGGAGCCUGUCAGCCGGGGUAACUUGAUGAUGUGUCCGUCCUGUCAGCCGAUGUUAGCAUCGCGGCUAACGCAGGGUGGCACGGCAUUUAACCAGGCUGUGGGCCCCACUUCAUCUACAACAGCGGUCCUCAACCCCCGGGCCUCGGACCGGUAUCGGUCCGUGACUCAUUUGGUGUACGUAUCGCUCAUUCCCAUCAUUGGUGGGGUGCUGCUGGCCACAGUGACCGAGCUGUCCUUUAAUAUGACGGGACUAAUCAGCGCUCUGGCUGCCACGCUCUGCUUCUCACUGCAGAACAUCUUCUCCAAAAAGGUGUUGCGUGACACGCGGGUCCACCACCUGAGGCUGCUGAACAUCCUGGGCUUUAACGCUGUGAUCUUCAUGCUGCCCACCUGGGUUCUGGUGGACCUCUCUGUGUUUCUGGUGAAUGGAGACUUGACGGAUGUUUCGGGGUCCAUGAGUACCAUUAUCCUGCUGCUCAUCAGUGGGUUCUGCAAUUUCGCUCAGAACGUCAUCGCCUUCAGUAUACUCAACGUCGUCAGUCCGCUCAGCUACGCCGUCGCCAACGCCACCAAGAGGAUCAUGGUCAUCAGCAUCUCGCUGCUAAUGCUGCGAAAUCCCGUCAGUUUGACAAACGUCCUGGGAAUGAUGACGGCUAUCGUCGGAGUCUUCCUUUACAACAAGGCCAAGUAUGACGCUAACAAGGAGAAGAAGCUGCUGCCGGGCUCCAAACAGGACCUGAUGUCCUUUGACAACCCGGCGCUGGAGAAGAUCCAGGCCAACGGGUCAGUGCCUUUCCCCCACAGCCCAGAGCAGCAGCAGCAGCAGCAGCACAGCUGGAACCACGUCCUGACUGACCACUUCCAGUACAGCCAGCAGAGCUACACGACAAACUACAGCAGCAACCACCAAUAUGUGGUGUAAAGGAGGACUCGUCCUCACUCUGGUAGCUGUCAUAGACAUUACUGCGUGUAGCCCGGCGGCUCAGAGGCAGGUCUCAAUCACCUGGAGACUGAGGGCUGUUUGUGUUGAAGAAUGAGGUGUCUGACAUCACGGGCCAGUCAUGUGACCUCCCACCCCUUCUCUCUCCCUGUCUAAACUUCAUUUUGAGUCAGCUUUGGUGUAGGUCUUUAUUUAUUUCUUUGGUACUGACUGAACGCGACGGUUAGAAUCGGUUUGUAUCGGCCAGGAAGGUAGCUGGAAAAGGAUCUCCACACAACUGUUUGCAGAUGUUUGAUUUUUGUUUUCACUACCAGCCGUAACAUUCUAGUUUGUUUACUUUGAGAGGAAAGGACGUCAUGUGUAACCAUCACUGUGAAUGUUGACGUGCACCGAAUUACGAGUCUGUCGUGUCUUUUAGUUCAGUCAAGAUCCUUAAAAUUUUUAGGUUUUGGCAUUUCAUGUCUUUUUUUUCUCUCUCUUUAAAAUUUACUUGAGACAAUGUGGGGAGAUACAAACUGUUGAGUUAGUCAUCAGUGAAUAAAUUAUAGCCUUAAUGCUGAUGGGAGUUCUUGGGAAUAUAGUGGGUUUUGUAGGUUUGAUCUGAUAUUGUGACUGGCAAUGUUUUCAACACCAAGUGUUAGUCAUUCAUUCUUUCUGUCCAGAUUGAAACAUAUCAACAAUCAAGAUGGGUUGUAAUGAUAUUCUAUAUAGUUAAAAACCUCACAGAGCCUCUAGCGUAGCCACAGACUGUAUACAUUCAAUCGAUAUCCACACUCUCACUAAUAAAAGUGCCCAAUUAGGAAAAAUGCUCCAAAUUAAAAGCGGAUGAGUCCAUUGCUGUUCAUAAAUGUUUAAUAAAGCCAAACACUUAUGAAAACCACAUCGUUGAAUGAAGAGCGAGACCAUUUCUGUUAUCUAGAAAGGUCAGUGACCUCGUACAGAUCUGUGCUUCUCCCUGGUGAAACAGAAAAUAGUUUACUGUAUUAUUUGUUGGUAUAAAUGUGGCUCAGGAGGUUGAGCGGGUCGUCUACUAAUCAGGUUGGUGUUUCAAUUCCCGGCUGCUCGUCAAAGUAUCCUGAACACACCGACGCUCCAGUUUGUGUGUGCGUGGAUGUUAGCUUAGAAAAAGCGCUUGUAUGAUUAUGUCUUUGAAUGAAUGAAUAAGGCCUAAAAUUAGAUUUGCAUAACAAAAGAUGUGCAGCUUCAUACAUGAAGGAUGUAUUUGUUUCUUCUGUAUCCCACCACAUAAAAUAUAAUGGAGGUGUUUUUGUUGUCAUGGAGACUUUUUUUUUGGGGGUUUAUUUGUAUUUAUCAGUCUGCGAAGCUUCAAGCUUUGGUUCAAGCUCUGUCAGCCUGAACCAAAAGCUCCUCUGUCAUGUUUCAGUUUUUAAAAACAGAACGCCGUGUCGAGUUUGCAUGUCUUCAAACCACUUGAUGCGUUUUCUUUUAAUUUGUCAACACUGGCGUCAUAGAGUCACUGGACAGAGGUUUGGAUUGUGCAAUGAAAGAUUCACCUGUAAUUUCAGGUGGGCUUUCUAUCAUCACUACUGUAAAGUGCAGGAAGACAGUUUUUCUUUGUUUUGACUCUGUUGCUUUCGAAUCGAGCGCCGGUUGUGAGCUUGUUUUCUUUUUUGGUUUUUGGGGAGGGUUAUUAAUUAAAUUCCGUCACAGUAUUCAGUGAUUGGUGGGUUUUUCCCCACCACAAACCAGUGUCUCCAGAACGUGUCUGUUUACUCCUUUCUAGAUUCAUGGAGAAAACUAGCUAUUAACUGCCACCAUGUUAUUUUAUUUUUUAUUAGAUUACAUACUGAAAUUUAAGUCCUCUACUCAGUGUAAGAGUAAUUUUAAUCAGAAACAUUGCAAUACAACCAAACUCGCUGUCCAUUGUUUUGAAAUAUAGUUUGUGUGUUGUUGUCUGUUGUUCACUUUGAGGCUGUCUGUUGUUUGUGUUGGCCUUCGUGACAUUUUCCCCACCGCAAACGGUAACCAUAAAUAAAAACAAACAAAGUGAUGAAUUCGAACUUCUAUGACUUCAGCGUCCAUUUCAAAUGUUAGAUUUAAUCAUCUCAGCUUUUAUCUACUGAGCAGCAUAGUUUCAGUUUUGCAUCCGAUGGGGAAAAUGUGAUUGUGUCACUCAUAGUGGAGUGAUGGCAGCAAAUUAAAGAGCCCAUUUCUUUACCUCUAUGGAAGCGCUCAGUGGUUUUGCAGAUGUUUAAAAAGUAGUUUUAAUAAAAAUCCGUUUUUAAGGAGGGGAGAUUUUGUUUAUAAUAAAGAUCCAGAUAUGUUUUAAUGAGUUGGUGGAGCCCAAAACGGAGCUUAAAGAUAAAGAAACGUGCGGUUUUAUUUAUUAUUUCACUGCAAUGUCUUUGCAGUUUCUGCCACUGCUAAUGUGAACAUUGACAAAUCUGAAAUGUUUCAGUCUUGCAAGAUGCACGGGCAUGAUUUUAAAUCUACAAUAAUACAAGUGUAAAUUGUUUUUGCAGACAGCAGGAGGGAACUCUUCACCCAUUAAGAAAAUGACUCAUCUUCUUACUAGACUGGUGCAGUAAUUCACAGAUCUCAGAUGGGAAGUAUCGUAUUAGAUGAAGAGCCAAGAAAAUUUUAGAAGUGUGAUUUACAAAGAAAUUGACACGAUCGGGUCACAGCUCAAGAAUAUUUUGCUUCCAGUCACAUGCAGAGUGCAGCUAACGGUUUUAGACCAUCUCGCCUUUCCUUCGUGCUUUUUUUUUUUUUCUUCCUCACUUAUUUCUUCCUGUUGCCAAAAGAAAGGGUGUAAUCCUUCUGAUGCUGACGUGCCACCAGAGAGAGGCCUUCUGUCAGCUCGGCCACAAGACCUGAAAUUCCUAAACGAUAACGCGUAGGACACGUGGACGGUUCAUGCCGGCUCCGUUUCUGAAAGUGGGAGAAAGUUUGAAAGGCGAAUUAUUUUAAAUUUCCUCUCUCUGUCUGUCAUAAAGCUUUUUAAAGGGAUCUAAAUGUUGACGAGAAAGGGGGAGAAUACUUUGUAAAACUUGUAUAAUUAUUUUUGUGUCUCUUCAAUGGAUCUCUAGAAAGAAUUUUUACUUAACUGAUGUUUUUAGAUUUUUAUUUAUGGUGUCUGUGUACAGAAAUGUUGUACAGGGGGGUGCACAGUCUUGUCUGCUUAAAUAAAUACACAAUUGAA